ACAACCGCCUCCUCCCUUUCGACCUCCACUUUUCGAAACUCGCUCAGUUUGGGCUUGCAUUUUUACAUUUAUUUUAUCAUUACUGUAAUAUUUCCUAUCUGUAUGUGGCGGAAGUUUUCGUCCAGAUAUGGGGAUAUCAAUUUGUUAUCAACUACCUGUUUUUUCAUGGCAUAAUAAAUAUUGCCCAUUUUCACUACACAAACUGUAUUUGUUUUGCUUUAACGGCUUAUCGGCUAACAGAUGCACAUAAAAAGUUUAUUUAAAUAACCUAGAUUUCUAUUGGUCGAUACAGAUAAGGACAUGAUAACCUUUAAAAUACUUAAAAUCGUGUCUAUGGUUAAAACGAUCAUUAUCCGAUCCGAGAGAAAGUGUCAUGAGAAAAAGGUUUUUAUAACACUGAUUUAUAAAUAAGUUGUAAAGAUGGGUACACAUAUUGUGCGAUAAGGACUACUUAGGAAAUAACUAAGAUCAUAGAGGAGGUCGUGAAAUGAGUUAUUUGUUACUGUAGUUUAAAUCCUAUAUUAGGACAUUUCAACGGACAAAAGAACGUCGGGAAUCAGGUCAGUUAUCAUUUUAACAAACUGCUGGGAAAUGUAAUGUCUAGUCAUGGCUGCUGCUCAACCCGGAACAUCAUCUUCAGCACAGGCAUCAGACAAUCGUAUCUUCCUAUCCCGUCUACAAAUGUUAAUUGUUGAUGGUGGACUUGCAGUUUUAAGAAAUUAUGUAGAUCAGGAACUUUCAGCUCAAUCUAUUACUCUCAGCGGAUGUCUUGCAAACGAAAAGACCACCAUCAAACUUUUAAAGGGACGUGGGAUACUAACACAGGUGCAAUAUGAUUUAUUGUAUCCAUCAAGUGGCACUAUUUCAACGUCAGAUUUGGACAUCACGCUUAUCAUUUGCCUCAUGAGAAACCUUAAAUGUUUCAAGUUAAAUAAAAUGUUUAAUUUGAACAUUUCAUCAGGACAAAGUGAUACUUCUAUCGAAGCAGACAUUUGUAGACUGAAGAAUUACCGGAACGAAUUUUGUCAUAUAUCAACCACUACAGGGAUACAAUAUAACGAUUUUAUUACCAAGUGGAAAGAAAUCGAACAGAUUAUCCUUAGAAUUGAUAAGGUGUAUCCAAUCAAAGACUUUAAACAGACGAUAACUGACUUUGAAUACAGCCCUCUUGAUCCAAAAACAGAACAGAGGGUAACAGAUGAAAUUGAAAAAUGGGAAAAACACGAUAAAGCAUUAGAAGCUGACAUAGAAAUUCAAAAAGCUGGUCAUAAAAAUACUACUGAGGACUUAAAUACUGUUAAAUCUAAAAUAGAUAAAAUAGAAGAACGACUGCCAGCACAACACACGUCUUCAAAUAUGCAAGAACUUCAAGGCGACCUGAUUAAAUUUUACAGAAAAAGAUGUAGUUCAAUACCACUCUCACCGCUUCUUGAAGAAAAAGAGACACCUCUCGCUGGGUUCUAUGUGAUGCCAGAUACAGUCGCCGUAAAACAGAAGUCCCUAACUUGGCAUGAAGAGGAAAGGACACCGAUCAAGUCUUUGAAAGACAUGUUUUCAACCGGAAGUGGAGAUAAACAAGAAAUAUAUCUAUCAGCUGAUGCAGGCUUUGGAAAAACUGCUUUCUCAAAAUAUCUGGCAAUCACAUGGUGUCAAGCUCAUUGUCACGAUGAAAACUACGCAUGUUUUAAAGAUGACGAGUUAAAAACGUUAUUUGAUUUUAAGUUCUUAUUUUUGGUUUUAUUAAGAGACUGUACCUCUUUUUGUAAGAUCGACGAUAUGAUUGAACAGCAAAUUACUAAGAAACUUCCUUCCUCUGGAACAUUAUAUGAAGUUUUACGUAGAGAAAAAUGUUUAAUUAUAUUGGACGGUCUUGAUGAAUGGACUCACCCUGAUAAUAGCUGUAGCGAAGUAACAGAAAACAUCCCACAUCGGUACGUAAGUGAUAAUUGUGUUAUCCUAACGACAUCCCGACCGUGGAAGCUUGGAGUUUCAAAUCUCAAAACGAGUCAAAUAAACAAAAAAGUAGAAUUGCUUCAAUUAAAUGCAGAUUCUACACGGCAACUUGAAGAAAAUGCUAUAAGGAAAAUGACCGGUGUCCAUAACGAUAGAGCACUGACGAGUAAAAGACAGGACUUUGAUAAAGUGAUACGUGACCGUCGCCUGAAGCACAUGCAAGUGAUUCCACUUCUCCUCUUGUAUAUAGUUUGCCUAUGGUGUAACAACAUUCCUAUAGGAAAUUCAACUCAUGAAAUUUACACCAAUAUCAUUGAAUUUCUAUUAUCGCGAACGUCAAAGAAACACCCGGAAGUUCAACCAUCUCGUGAAUCCUCUGCCAGUGAAAUUCCAGAAUAUUUCAAAGGUCAUGAAUUUUGUAAAAAGUUUUACAGUCUUAUAACAUCAUUAGCGGAACUAGCUUACCAAACGUUAUAUAACGAAACAAGAGAAAACACGCUUGUAUUUGACAGAAUGGUUGCUGAAACAUAUCUCAAAGCAGACGACAUUAAAUUAAGUCUUCUCUCAGGAAUACUGUCAGAAAGUAGAAGUAAAACUUUAUUCAAAGAAAUUAUCAAAGUCUCGUUUUCUCACAAAACAGUUCAAGAAUUCUUUGCCGCUAUUCAUAUAAGUCAUCACAGUGUUCUAAAAAAAUGUAGAAGUAUUCAAGAUAUUUUAGACAUGUCAAACAUUUGUGAAUUUCUAAGUAAAAUGAAUGCUGACCGGAUGUGUGAAAUAUCAAAUGAUUUUAUGUCUGUCAUAAAUGAAGACAAGAAAACACGCAGCUAUAGAAAUAGGACAGGUUACGAGUACUUGCCAGAUAAUCCAUUGUAUAACAUACAGAAAAUGUUCAUGUCGUGUUUACAAGAAAUGCCUGGAAGUGAAAAUAUUCAAAUAUGUUUACAAGAUUUCUUCAUUGUCAAGAACAACAUGCACAGUAAGCAGUUACAACGUUUGUUAAAACAAAAUAAAACCAACAUAAACUCACUUUAUAUAGACGCCACAGGUACUUCCCGCAGUUUACGUGAAAUUAUAGAUUUAUUCUCUCUCACAGAUCUCAGUUAUAUACAGAAACUUUACUAUAAUGCUGACAGGAAGGAGGCUGAAAUAAGUCAGAUUUUGCUUCCAAGUUUACAAAACGUUACUUUGCGGUGGGGUACAUGGACAAAUGAUGAAGGAAAUCUUAGUGAAAAUUUGGCGCUAUUACAAAACUUGCAAUAUUUAUAUAUUGACUGGUUCACGUUAUCUUACAAAAUACUGGAAACAAUUUUAAAUUUUAUCUCCGGUCAAAAGUCAAUAAAAGAGUUAACAUUGGUGAUGUUAGACUGUAAAGAACAUGGCCGCAAUGAUUGUAAGAGCUUGAACUUGAACUUGUAUCAACAUUCAACUCUAUCAAAGUUAGUCUUGAUGCAGUUACCUUGCAGGCUACAAUUAAAUAUAUCAACACUGUCAUUAGGUAAUGUUACGUUGUGGGGAAUCAAUCUAGAUAAAAGUUCAUUGUUACUGUCACGUGACAUGUUGAAUAUUGAACGUGUGAUGUUGGAGAAGUUAGAAAUGUCUGCAGGGAGUUUACAAAACUUUAUUACCGUGUUGGAAAAUCUGCCGCAGUCGGUUACAGUAAUUAUGUACCACAUUAAUCCGGAGACAGAAUAUGAAUGUGUUCGAGAAAAAAUUCGGAGAUCACAAACUUUUCAUGUGAUACAAGACUACAGGCGGCGGCUUGAGUUCAAAACAAGGAAACCAAGUAAAGAAUAAACAAGGAAAAACAUUGUAAAAUAAAAUGAAGAAAUCACUUCAAGACUUGAAAAAAUAUAGAUAAAUAAAUAAAAAUGAAAACGAAAACUUAAAAUACAUACGUUAUGGCGAUUGAUGAAACUUAACUUUAAUGCUUGGUCAUUUAGUAUUUAAGCAGAUCUAUUUGACCGUUGUUUAUAUUAAUUAAAAUGAUUUAAAGGUUAGAAAAUAUUAUCGGAAAUAUUUUUACGAAACUUAAUGGAUAGAGAUAUGAAAAUAUGUCGCAGUUAAGAGAUUUUAUAGUAAUUGUUUCAUGAUAUUCUUAUUAUUUAUUUGAAAUAAUAAAUUAUAUUCAUUUUAAGUUAAUAACAUUCCAAAAUGUUAAAAUGAAUGAGUGUAUGAAUUUUAACAUAUAUACUGAAGAAUUGCACUUUUUUAUUUUUUUUUCCAUAAUUUGUUUGGAUCUUAAUUGUGAAAAAGAUUUUAGAAUUUAAUUAAACCAUUUAUUAAAUAUAGAUAAUUAAGAACACUUGUAAAAUUUACGUGAGCACUUGAUCUUGAAUCCACACCCUCAAAAAGCCGACCCUACCCAGCGCUAACAAAGGUAUAGUUAUAUGUUUAAAAAAAUAUUAAUUAUGCACAUAGUCAUUUUAUUUAUGCAGUGUAUAUGUUAAAGUUAAUUGAAUCUUAAGUAUGGGUUAAUGCUUUUAGUAAGCAUUUACAAAAUUAAAUUGGUCAAGAACAGCGCAGCCAAUUAGGUCUUUGUUUUUUAUAAAUUUAUUUACUAGACUAAUAAAUAGUUAGCCGAUUUACUCAAGCAAAUAUGUUAAUUUAAAACACUGUUAUCCUAUUGGACAGCAAACAAUUUCCAACACUGAAUAUACUUUUGUUUUAUUUUUCUUAUUUCCGCAAAGUUAGGAUGUAAAAUGCCUUUUUUCCGUUGUUCAAAAUACGAGACAAUGCAUAGGGUUGCCAUUUAGAUAAUUAUUAUUAUAAAUAUGUUAGCUCUUUAUGGAGCAUUUAAGUUCAAUUGGACACACAGGCAGCGCAUCUUUACAUUUUAUAUUCUUCCAAACUUUAUAAGGUAUGACCAACCUAAUGGGCACUAAAAGGAGCUGAAAAAAAACAACAAAGGUCACAUAUAUGCCUUAAAAGACACUGCAUGCAAAGUUUAAAAACAAAAAAGAAUACCGUAUAGUAAAUGAGUUAUGGUCACAUUUUCUGAAUUAAAGCUUGGGUAUUACCUUUGGGCUCUUUUUCAGAAAUGUGGAACCUUUGAAUAAUCUAUAUCAUCCCUAUAAGAAAUGUUUCCCCAUAAAUUAUUGUGAAGUGUUUCAAAAAUAAUGUAAUGAGAAAAAAAGUCUGGGGUUUGAACCAAUGGACAUACCUUUCAAUGAACUUUACAGUACUUUAUUUUUCAAAGCUGAGGUAAUGCAUAAGGAUGGGCAUGCCAUAGAAGUAAAACAAUAUUUGUUGUUUAUCUUGUUGUUGGGCUAGAUAUUUCAAAAGAGUGCACUGUCCUGCAUAAUUCCAUCGUUAAUCCCCUCCGGUUUUAUUUCUUGUUUCAGCGGUCUUAAAUCAGACGUGAUGAUGAGUGGAAUCUUUACAAAUGUUCCUUGCUAAACAAUGGUAAUGUUAUAUAAUUUAGACUUAUUUAUGAUUUUUAUGAUUCGCUACACAGUAAAUAUGAAAUAAAGAAGGUUAGAUAUAAUAAUGAAGAUAGCUUCUACGAUUCCUAUAAUCAAUGGCUAUAUUUGUUGGAGCCUGUUUCAAUUUUUUCCCCGAGUCCCUUUGCGUUCAAAAAUGUAUAUUCUUGUUUGUUUGUUUGUGUGUUUUGUUUUGUGUUAUGUUUUUUUUUUGUUUUUUAUUCAUAUAAUAUUUAUAGAACCCAAAAUAGUUGAAAGAAAGAAAUUUUGCCAAUUCUGUUAGCUGAGUUAAAAAUAAUUUGAGUUUAAGACAAAAUGUCGCAUUGUUAGUUUCGAUGGUGAUAAAAAUACAAUGUCACUCUUAUAAAUUGAAGUAGUACAAUUAAAAUAAUUAGAUAUGAAUGAUAUGAAUAUUUUUGGCAAAGAAAAAUAGAAAAAGGAAUAUACAAAGCCACAAAUUGUAUUAUAUCUUUCACAAGUCAUUGCUUUAAACUGCGCGCGUUUAAUAUGUUGACGUCUACUAUGUCUUAUAAUCAAUAAAAAGGGUUUACGAAGGUAAUAGGGAUAAAUUUAUUGCCCAAAGCCUUACGGAAGGUAAACGGAAAUGCUUUAUUGCCCAAAGUCUUACGGAAGGUAAAAGAAUCUACUUUAAUAUCCGAAACUUUGCGGUUGGUCCUACUUUAAUGUCUGCUGGCUUACUGAAGGUCUGUAGAUCAACUUUAAUUUCCGCUGGCUUACGGAAGGUCGAUGGAUCUACUUUAAUGUUCGCUGGCGUACGUAAGGUCGAUGGAUCUACUUUAAUGUUCGCUGGCGUACGGAAGGUCGAUGGAUCUUCUUUAAUGUUCGCUGGCUUACUUAAGGUCGGUGGGUCUGCUUUCAUGUCCUCUGGCUUACGGAAGGUCGGUGGAUCUAAUUUAAUGUCCGCAGACUUACGGAAGGGCGGUUGAUCAACUUUAAUGUCAGCUGGUUCAGGGAAGGUCGAUGGAUCUAUUUUUAUGUCCGCUGGCUUACAGAAGGUCGCUAUCAUGAAAAAUAUGAAAAUCGUUUUGAUUUCUUUUUAUUUUUCAGAAAAGGAACUAGUGUGAAUCUUCAAUCACAAUGGUGAAUGUGCCUCUACGAAAAUGCAAUAUAAUAACAUUACUCCUUAUUCGCGGAAAUGGCACGGAGGAAAGAUUACACUAGACGUUACAUCACCAGGACAUUGUAAAUGCAUAUUUUUCCUAGCUUUUAGGAAAAAUAUAAAGUAAAAACUCAUACUGUGAUCAUCACAAGUGUAUUUUACCUGUUUUCUAUAAACAUACAUUAUACAAAGAAAGAGAACAAAUAUGAUGACUGCUGUGAAAUAUUUAAGAACCCCUUAAGUCAUUUUAUUUGUAAAUAACUGUUAUUACUUUAGAAAAAAUAUAAAUGAUAUUUGUAUGAAUAUAACGCCUUUAACAAAGGCAAAUUAUUUAUUUGAAAUUUAAAGAUCCUGUACCACAAUUUUUUUAUGGUUUUAAAUCAUAAAUAUGAUGCUCAAAUUAAGAUUUAUCAAUAUUGUAAGUUCCAAAAGCAUUAUUUAUAAAUGUAUUACUGAAUUUAACAUUUCAUGUAAAUAAAGGGAGGUAAUUAGAAAUUUUUUUCUUUACAGUUUAAGUCAAACUUUACAAUAAGAAAU